AUGAUUUCAACGCAAUAUAGAUCUAACAGACAACAAAAGUUGGCAAAAAAACAAUCAAGGUUGAAACCUUCUACUUAUACGACUCAAACCCCAUUUAGAGACGCUGAAAGAAAUUUUAAGUCGCGUUUACCACCGCCAGAUUUCUCUAACGUAAUAGAUUUUUAUAAUUUAGAUCAUUGUAAUGACGAACUUAAGAAGAAAAUCAUAAAAAUUGAAUUAAAAGCUGAAUUAGGUGAAAAUGAGGAAAGAGAAAACUUAUUUGGCGAUUAUAAAGAAUUAAAAGAAGAAGAAAAGAACAUCAUUAAAGGUGGAAGAAAGACCGCUUAUUUAAUUAAAGAUUUACCAGCACAAAAACACAUAAUUAAAAGAUGUCUAAAAGAUUUCGCGAAAGAUCCAAAUAAAAGCAACCUUGAUACUCAUUAUUUAUUACCAAAAGAAGGUUUAUGGAAUUUGCAUGAAAACAUAGUUAAUAAUGAAUUAAAUGAAAACCAUUCACAAGAUUUUAUUCCGUUAAAAGCAUCUGUGAUUGAACCAAAUAAUGAUGGUUCUUUAUACGAAGAACAAGAAGAACAAUGCAUUCCUUGUUCAAAAAAAAGGUUAACUGAGCAAGAAAAAGGGGAAAAGACGGUGAAACAAGAGACGAAGGAUGAGGAAGAAAAGCUCGAACCACCACCAUCAUCAGGUGUACCAAUAUUAACAGUUUCACAAUUAAUCAAAAAAAUAAGGUGGAUUACGUUAGGUUAUCAAUAUCAUUGGCCAACAAAGACUUAUCAUUUAGAUAAGAGGUAUUCAUUUCCCAAAGAUAUUGAAUCAUUAACAACUUUUGUAAUAAAAUCAAUUUAUGGUGUGAAAUUUAUAACAAGUGAAAAAAAAGAAAAUGAUGAACAAUAUUUCAUUAAUGAUUACGAUCAUAAAAAAUGGAAGCCUGAAGCUGGCGUUGUUAAUUACUAUCAACUUAAAGAUAAUUUAAUGGCUCAUGUUGAUAAAAGUGAAAUAAAUAUGGAGGCUCCUUUAAUCUCUUUUAGUUUUGGUCAUACAUGCAUUUUCUUAAUUGGGGGAUCAACGAGAGAUACUGCACCCAUUGCAUUGUACUUGCGCAGCGGUGAUAUAUCAAUUAUGUGUGGUCCUUGUAGAGCUAAUUUUCAUGGUGUUCCACGAAUCCUAGAAGGAACUCUUCCUAAAUAUUUGGACCCUUACUAUGACAAUGAUUCCGAAUGGAAAACUUACGGAGAUUAUAUGUCUACCUCUCCGGAGGAGAUCAUUCCUACUUGUACCAAUAAAGAGCAAGUUGAUUAUUUGAGAGAAUUAUUGACUUCUGAUGAACAUCAAGCGGAAAUCAUUUUCCAACUAAAUGAACCAUUUGACUCUGAACUUCUCGAAUACUUUGAAAUUAAAGGAGAACAUGAUUUAGAUUUCAACCUUCGACCUGGAAUAUCUUCUAAACAUAAUAAAUAUGCUUGUAAGAGAAAAGACAUUGAUCUCGAUAUAGAUGUACGGUCAGCUGUAUCCAAAGGCCUUAUAGGAAUUUUAUGCUUACCGGAUAAUGUUUUUUUCCUGGGAGACGAAAGAUUAGGAUCAUUCCUCCUAAUUCGAGACCGCUAUAAAGAACUCAUUAAGGCGUUUAAUCGUGAUAUAACUAAAUUUGGAUGCAUUAUUACAGGCACACCCGGUAUAGGAAAAUCGUAUUUUGGGCUGUACCUUCUGUAUUAUAUUCAUUUACAUUAUCCAAAAGCUACGAUUGUCUGGCAACUAGCUGAUUCAGAUAUCCACCAAUGCUAUCAGUUUAUGCCAAACGAUGCUCAGAAAUCUGAAAAAAGUGGUGCUUAUGUUAUUCUGUUGACGUCUCCAAAAGCAGA